UUACCGCGUUUGCGCUAAUAUUAGCGCUAACGCCCAUGCGUUUUAAUAGCGUUUUUACCGCGUUUUUACCGCGUUAGCGUCAGCUAAUAGACAUACCCCAUUACAUCACAUCCUGUUUACUUCCUGGUUUAUCGUCAAGGAAGAAGGACCUUGGAGAAGAUGGAGUUUCAUGAGCUGCUGUUGUUAUUUGUACUACAUGCUUGGGAACAUUGUCUUAAACAACAGAGGUCACAACGUCGCUUUUGGGUUCAUCCCAUCUAUCAAUUGCACUCAGAUAGAGGUCAAUUUUCACUACUCUAUCAUGACCUGAGAGAGCACCCUGAGAAAUUUCGAAAUUACACACGAAUGACCAUUGCGACGUUUGACUAUCUUCUAUAUCUGCUAAGACCUGCGUUGUUGAGAGAUGAUACAAACUGUAGAGAAGCUAUAACACCAUGUGAACGUCUACUUAUAACACUGAGAUAUCUUGCAACAGGAAAUACCUACUCCUCACUGCAAUACGAAUUUCGCCUAGGGAUUUCAACCAUAAGUAAGAUUGUGCAGGAUACAUGUGAUGCAAUCUGGAAGCUGAGAAGAUCUUUUAUGCCUACUCCAAAUAAAGAAAAAUGGGAAGAUAUUGCCAAGGCUUUUUGGAACAAGACAAACUUUCCGAACUGUUUAGGGGCUAUUGAUGGAAAACAUAUUAGACUAAUAAAACCAUGUCAUAGCGGUAGCCAGUAUUAUAAUUAUAAGAAGUAUUUUUCAGUUGUUUUAAUGGCUGUGGUUGAUGCAGAUUAUAAAUUCAUUUUUGUUGAUAUAGGAUCAUUUGGGAGCAAUGCAGACUCUGCUGUCUUUCAACGUAGUACAUUUGGGAAAAGGCUUGUUUCUAAUGAGUUGGAUUUACCUGAUAAUCGACCACUGCCAGGUACAGAGGGACCUAAAAUGCCCUAUGUAUUUGUAGCAGACGAUGCUUUUGCUAUUCAUGAACAUCUCAUGAAACCAUUUUCUCAGAGAAAUUUAGAUAAUCGAAAGAGGAUCUUCAACUAUAGACUGUGUAGAGCACGUAGACUUGUAGAAUGUGCUUUUGGUAUACUGGCCAACAAGUGGCAAAUCUUUCUAAAACCAAUUAACCUUAAAAUAGAAAACGCAUGUAAGGUAAUCAAGGCUGCUUGUAUUUUACAUAAUUUGGUAAGAGAGAGGGAUGGAGUAAAUUUUGAGGAUACACUGUCACAUAAUAUUGAACCUGCUGAGUUUCUGCAUGUACGUGGACCUAUGGUGGGAUUCACUAUUAGAGACGCUUUUGCAGACUACUUCAUGAGUUCAGCUGGUGCACUCAGUUGGCAAGAAAACAUGAUCUAACUUUCAUAAUAUUAUACUGUACUGUUCUGGAAAAUAUUAUCUUCAUACUUUGAAAUGACAGGAAGCAAUAUGCAUAAAUAAAAUCAUUGUUGAAACAUUA